CCUCUCAGGCCCGCUCGCGGCUCGCACGUAGCAGUGUCGCCGCCUCGCCGGGGACGACGGAUAUCGCAGGCGCCGCACCCCGUUCCCAUCCUUGUCCGCUUGUCAGAUCAGACCCCCAUCUGGCCGUUGGUACCCCCCUCUCUCUCACGCAGCCCAGCCAGGCUCGCACGCAGGCAGGGGCGGCGACCGCGACCGCGACCGCGACCCGCAAGGCGCCAAGGCGGGCGAGCCCGCCGAGGCGGAAGGCGCCUCGAGAUCUCCUCCGCGCGGCUCGCGGGUCAGAAGCAGCAAGUCGCAUUUGUAAAUUCAUCAUCGUCCCCGCCUGCAAAAUAUCUGCCGUGGCCUCCUCGAUUACCUUCCAUUCUCUGAAAUCCCAAUUCGGCAGUCCCCCAAAUCGCACGCCCCCACUGCUACGUUCCCCCUUCGAGCGCGCGCCCAGUUAGCCCCGUCCGCGGCCGCGGGUUGACUCGCAAUCGCAAGCGUCUAGAUCCGGGCUUCCCACCUCCGACGACGACCGCGCAGCCGGCCAACGCGGAAGCCCCGCGAUAAAUCGCUGUGCCCCAUCCUUUGGCGUCCCCCACACCACCGACUUCACCGGAGCAGGAGGAAGCGUCUGAAAGAUUCGGCAACGCUUCAUGUGCCUGAUUGGUUGGUUGCGCGGGCUCGCGAGGCCCUAGCACCGAGUUCAGGGAGCACUUCGUGGGCUUACAGCGACUUGUUCACUCGUCUUGAGGUGCUGGAGCUGUCACGUUGUGGUAGUUGAGAGGGAUCUGUCCAAUUUGCAUAGUUGCGAGGAAAGGUUCCUGAGAUGUCUAAUCUCUCAGACCCCUCAAAAGAAGAUACUUCACCUGAAGGUUCAGGUACUACCCAGAGAACUGGAGCCUGGAGUAACACAUUGAACACUCUUCUGCAGCAAGCCUCAGUCUAUGGUGUGGCUGCCGGGUAUUGUUUAUCAGCGUCGCUGCUCUCCAUCAUCAACAAAUGGGCAAUCAUGAAAUUUCCAUAUCCUGGAGCCCUGACAGCUCUGCAAUACUUCACUAGUGUUGCUGGAGUUCUCCUAUGUGGACAGCUCAAGCUCAUUGAGCACGACGGCCUUAAUCUGAGGACAAUGUGGAAGUUCUUACCUGCUGCUGUGAUGUUCUAUAUCUCCAUCUUCACAAAUAGUGAGCUCCUGCUUCAUGCCAAUGUGGAUACUUUCAUUGUGUUCCGCUCUGCUGUGCCUAUAUUUGUCGCGAUUGGGGAGACGCUGUAUCUUCAUCAGCCAUGGCCAUCACUCAAGACAUGGCUUUCACUUUCCACAAUACUUGGUGGAAGUGUGAUCUAUGUUUUCACAGACAACCAAUUCACUGUGACUGCUUACACCUGGGCAGUGGCCUACCUAGCAAGCAUGUCCAUUGAUUUCGUGUACAUCAAGCACGUCGUAAUGACCAUUGGGCUGAACACAUGGGGCCUUGUGCUAUACAACAACCUUGAGGCUUUGAUGUUAUUCCCCCUUGAGCUCCUUAUAAUGGGAGAAUUUGAUCAGAUGAAGGUCGACAGCUCCAAUGUGUCAAACUGGCUUUCAUUUGAUGUGGUCCUCCCUGUUGCUCUCUCAUGCCUGUUUGGACUAUCGAUAUCCUUCUUUGGAUUCUCCUGCAGACGGGCUAUCUCUGCUACUGGGUUCACAGUGCUUGGCAUAGUGAACAAGCUCCUAACUGUUGUGAUUAAUUUGCUUAUUUGGGACAAGCAUGCCUCUUUUGUGGGUACCAUUGGGCUCUUGAUAUGCAUGUCAGGUGGUGUGCUCUACCAGCAAUCCACCACGAAACCAAAGGCACCCAAGGCUGAGCCGAAGGAAGAGAACGACGAGGAGCAGCAGAAAUUGCUGCAGAUGCAGGGAGUGCAAGAGAGCAAUUCAACUCAAAAGUAAAGCUCUUCAUAAACCUUACAAGGAAGUUCCUUUGAUGCAUUAUCUCCUUUGCAACAGCCUCACCCUGAACGUUUUUGUAUUGGCUAAUAUACUUGGAAAGAAGCAUAUGGAUGAAUGCAGUCCUGGACUAGGAGCUACAAAAUCUUAUGUUUUAGAUAUUAGAAGUCAUGGAGGGGACCAAAUUAUCACUAUGCAAUUCUUUAUAACUAUAUUGCUGCUUUCAUUUGUAACGCAAAAUUGUUAUGAUAGGAUACCAGGUACUCAGCAAAUAUACCACAUUGAAUACUUCCUAUACGAAAACAUCUAUCUCAUACAGUUCGGUGAUAGUAUGAUCUGUGUUUAGUCA